AUGACCUCUCCUACAAAUGGAAGGCGUUUCUACUCCUUCACCGACGUCCCCAACACGUCGAACCUGCGGUUUCUGCCACAAAUCUUUGCCUCCACAAACGAGCUCUUCGCCUACUUGAAGGCUUGUGAGCACGCCAAAGCAAGCAAGAUCCUGGACUCCAUGGACCUACCCGGCACUGACGAGACCCUGAUGGAAGCACUCCCGGAACUCGGACGGCGAUCGCAAACCGCCGAAGACUUCGAGUUCUGGUUCGAUCCAGGAGCCAGUAGAUCAGUCAUUCUCCGCUUCUUCUUGAACACCCUGGAGCACUCCAUCGAGAAGCGAGAGGGACGUAGACUCAGAGGUGUGGGCAGAGGCCCGAAGCUAUCCGAAUGGGCCACGUUCAAAGUCCACAUGCCAGGCACUGAUUUGCAGGGAAAGCCGGUCAUGAUGAUGUUCACGAAGUCAGCAUGGGUCGUUGGCAUCGAUAUUCCAAACAUCCUCACGGCCAACGACUUCCUGCGUCCUCAUGAGGUCAAUAUUGACUACCACAGCGAGCAAAUCUUCUUUAAGAAGCUCGACCUCAAGGUUCCGUUCGUCUAUAACAAUAGAUCGCAGCCGUGCGUUCGGAAGGUUUCAACGCAAAGCACUCAGCACUUGUCAACGCCAUAG